UUUGGUGGUUUCUUGAGAUUCCACCUUUUUUGGUCAUAAACAAAUCACAGAAAAAAAUGGUUCUUUCUGAUAAAAGUCACAAAAUCUUUCAUGACUUAGAUUUUGUUUCUUGGUGUAGUACUUCGUUCUCUUUUUAAAGAGCCUUUCCCUUUGCUUCUUCUUCUUCUUCUGUAUAUAGCAGCCAAACCAAUAAACCAAACCACGCAAAACACACACUCCUAUAAACCUCACCACAAAAGACGGCUGAACCUUCGGAGGCAGAUCCCUUCUCAGGAAUCAUAUAUAUAUAUAGUUGCUUCUUCACAUUGAGUGAACUUCACUCACACCUUUGUUUUUCAACUCUUUUCAAACAGCACCUCAUAGUACACUUCUUUUAGGGUUAAUUACUUCAAAGCCUUAGACCAGACAUCUCUUUGAAAACCACCUUCCACUCUUGUUUAUUUUCUUUUCUUUUCACUGGUUUUUGUUAAAUCUUGAGGAGGCAAAACAAGGGUCUCUCUCUUUUUCUCUUUUCUUUCAUUGAACAGAAGAUUAGGCUUUGUUCUAGAAGAAAUUAAACAGUUUAAGACAUGGAAGAGAGAAAUCAUGAUGGUGAGAAACUAGAUGAGGUUAUGCUACCGGGUUUUAGGUUUCAUCCAACUGAUGAGGAGCUUGUUGGAUUCUACCUGAAGAGAAAGAUUCAGCAGAGGCCACUCUCUAUUGAGCUCAUCAAGCAGCUAGAUAUCUACAAGUACGAUCCUUGGGAUCUUUCAAAAAUGGCCACCACUGGGGAGAAAGAGUGGUAUUUCUUCUGCCCCAGAGACAGAAAGUACAGGAACAGUGCAAGGCCAAAUAGGGUAACAGGAGCUGGGUUCUGGAAAGCUACAGGGACUGAUCGCCCUAUCUAUUCCUCGGAGGGCUCUAAGUGUAUUGGCCUCAAGAAAUCUCUAGUAUUUUACAAAGGAAGAGCUGCAAAAGGGAUCAAAACUGAUUGGAUGAUGCACGAAUUUAGACUACCUUCUCUCACUCACCCAUCCUCAGACCCCAAGAAGUACAUGGACAAGACUAUUCCUGCUAACGAAUCCUGGGCAAUCUGCAGGAUCUUCAAGAAAACCAAUGCUACAGCUCAAAGAGCUCUAUCUCACUCUUGGGUCUCUCCCUUACCUGAAACCACAACUACUUCUGAUCAUAGAGAUGGCAACCAACUUUGCCAAGCAAACAUGCCAUUCACAAAGAAAACUAGCUUAGCCAGCCAGUUUUAUACUUUCAAUCAUAAUGAAUCACAACACUCAACCACUACUAGUACAACUCCUUGUCCUUUAGAUGUUGUAGCCUCUUACAACAAACCACUUAUUAAUCCAUUAAUGCUCUACAAACCCUCAGAUCGGUUACCCUUUUCAAAUGGAGACCUAAUUAGCAGUGGCGUGAUAUUCUCAUCUCUUGAAACCUCAACAACCAGUGCUAAAUCUUCAACGGAUGCUUCUUCCUUGCUACUGAGUACAUCAUCUUCUGUGCUUGGAGAUUUUAGUAAGACCUCUGAGGGAACAAUAACCACAAACUUUGGUGGGUUACAAGAGCAUGGUAAUGGCUACCAAAUACCAUUACUACGUGACAACAUGCAAGGAAACUUCGGCAACCACGAUGACAAUGCGUUGGGGAAGAUUCCUAAUGUGAAUGUGGUACCUCGUGUUGGUGACCAACAAUUGGAGACAGUGCGAUCCAUUGGGUUUCCAUUCAAUAUUGGCGAUGCAUGGAAGCCUAAUAUGCUUUGGGAUACUUCCUCUUUGUCCUUGUGAUGCACCCUAGUUAUUCUACAACCUAGUAUUAUACUUGGUCCAAUUUACAUAAAUUAGAAGCCAUUUGUUUUUGUAGCUCCUAACAAGCAGGGACUAUGUUAGGACUGUGAACCUUUUUAAUUUGUAACUCGAGACAACUUGUGAACUCAAAUGUUUGUAGAAAGAAUUUUGGAAGCAAUGUGGAAGUUUUAAAACAA